UCCAAGAAUUUAUGGUCUGAUAAAAUACCUGCUUUUGUUUCAUUGCUAGCAGAAUUAGACAGUUUCGGAGUUUGUUGUAUUUUCAGUGGAUUGAACUUUGUUGACUUGAUGGUGCGGCAAGGAGUGUUGGAACAGCACCCUCCAAAGACUCCAUUGACCAUCGGGUUUGAGUGUUCUGGGGAUGUGGAAGCUGUUGGUGAAAACACGGAAGGAAUUGCUGUGAAUGACCGAGUGAUUGCUUUCACUGACUACGGAGCAUGGAGUGAGGUGGUGACGGUUCCAGCAAAAUUUGUGUACAAGAUGCCAUCAAACAUGAGCUACCACGAUGGGGCUGCACUUCCAAUGAACUACCUGACUGCCUAUAUCAUGUUGUUUGAUAUUGGUAACCUUCAAAAGGGAAUGAGCGUGUUUUCACACAACAUUGGAGGAGGUGUGGGUCACGCAAUAGGGCAGUUGUGUAAGACUGUUGAGGAUGUGACCCUGUAUGGCACAGCAUCUGCACACAAACAUGAGGCAGUGAAAGGCAAUGUCACCAGUGUGUUUAAUAGAACUUCUGACUACUGCCAGGAAGUGAGAAAACUUUCCCCUGCGGGAGUGGACAUAGUUUUAGACUGUCUCUGUGGUGAAGAUACUAAUAAGGGCAUUUCUCUGCUGAGACCUAUGGGAAAAUAUAUCCUGUAUGGUUCUUCCAAUAUAGUGACUGGUGAAACCAAGAGCUUCUUUAGCUUUGCAAAAUCUUGGUGGCAAGUAGACAAAGUUAGUCCCAUCAAAUGUUAUGACGAGAACAAAACAAUAUCCGGAUUCCAGCUACGGAACUUGGCGUUCCAGCAAGGCCAGGAUGGGUACAUCCGCACUGUUAUGAACAAACUGUUUCAGCUUUACAGCCUAGGAAAAAUUCAACCGGUCAUUGACUCAACAUACGCAUUUGAAGAUGUUGCAGAGGCAAUGCAGAAGAUGCAUGAUAGAAAGAACAUUGGAAAGCUGAUCCUGGAUCCUGCACAGGAGCCGAAACCUCCUAAAGUUCAGAGUGCUCCCUCUGUAGAAGGUGCUUCCCCUCCAGAAGAGAACAAAGAGAAGGAAGAAAACAAAGAUGCUGUAGUCAAUGGAGAUCAACAGUAGUGAAAUACUCCAUUUGUGUAAAUCCUUAGUCUGCCUUUUGCUUGUUAAGACAGUUGCACUGAAUGCUGAUACUAUAAGUACUUUGAUUGGUAUGUCGGGACCAAUUAGUGUAAAUUAUUUGCUUAAAUUUUUACAUAUAUCUGCAAGUUUACUUCGGAAAGUGUUCAGAAUGCAGCGUUUCAUCCAUUUAAGAGAAGGUUCUGUUGUCAGAGAAAAUGUAGGUUAUUAAACAACUGUUAUUAAGGAUUAAACAACCGUUAUUAAGGAUUAAACAACUGUUAUUAAGGAUUAAAUAACUGCUAUUAAGGAUUAAACAACUGUUAUUAAGGAUACAGCUGUAAAAGAUGUUAGUGUUGUUGGUAUAUUUCUAUUCAGCUAAAUGUUAUAGUUGUCAAGAAAUAAUUUGUUUUUAAUACUGUUAGCUUAUAAUGGGUAUUGAUGUUUCUUCCUUAAUUGAUUUACAGGUUUUUUUAAAUAUACUUUUUGACAAAAAGCAGUUAACAUAUCACACAGCUGCUUUAAAUGUAUCUUUAUGGAUAAUACCAGUACCUUAAACAAGGUCAUUUCCAAGGCUUAGAAUAGAACAUGUGUGCAACUUCUAUUUUCUCUUUUUUUAACCCAACUGUACAUAGUAUAUGGAGAGCUAUCCUACUCAACCGGGUGUCCCUUUUGUACUUCCUUAAUGUUAUGAUACACUUUACAGCUAUCUCUGUUAUUACUAAAUACAUUUAACACAGACUUAAACUAUUGUCCAAUAUCAUCAUCAUCAUCCACAAUGAAUUCACUGAACUCUCCUGCUUCCUCAGAUAUUCCCAGUUUUACUACCCAGCAUCAAAACAGUUGAGCGCACUGUCUCCUGUGACAGCUCUUGUUUGCUAGAUAAAAGUACACAAUGGUAUGCUUAAGAUAUGUAUCAGACACAUUGUAAAAAUAAUGAAAUUUUGAAGAUAUAAUUUCUACACCUGAGACAUAUUAUAUAUUGCAUAUGGACAUGAAAUAAAUUUGUUUCUUCACAACCUCUAUCAAUUUCUAGUGAAUGUCUGAAAAGGUGAAAACCAUAAAAGGAGUGCCUGGAAAUUAAUUACAACAGACUAAUCCUGUAGAAUUUGUACCAAGAGAAAUUUAAAUUCUCAAAGGCCAUUUAUCAAGCAGCACUUUGUCAAAAUAUAAAAAAAAAACAACAAAAAACAGUUGACAUUUUUAUGUCAUCCUUAUGUAGCAUGCUUGCAGAAAUUUAUUGUUAACAAAAUCGAAGAUAUUAUUUUGGGAUACUUGCUUUUUUGACACCCUCAUAGUGGAGUCAUUUUAGUCUUUUUAAAUCUUACAAUAAUAGAUUUGUCAAAACAUUUUAAUAUUUUAAGAAAUUUAUUUAGCUAUUUAGGUUUUUUGCAUUUACUUGUUAAAAGAGGUUUAUGCUUUAUAUUUUGUUAAAUUCAGUUUCAUAUGCUGAUUUUAGGAGUUCAAGUAAUUGUUCCAUGUUAUUUUUUACUCGUAGAAUGUUUUUGAUUACAUUUAAAUCCUAUGUUUAAGAUUUGCUAUGAUUAAGUGUCUGUUCUAAAUGUCACUGAUAACUUGAGAACUAAAGAUUCUAAGUCAUAGAAGAUUAUCAUUAUAUAUCUUGAGAUUUGUAUGCUGUUCUUAAUAUUUAACUUUUUUUUUAAAUCAACAAUCUUCUGUAUUGUUGCCAUUACCUAACAAAAGGAAUUCCCAAGAUUUACAUUAUUACCAUAAUCUAAUAGUAGGACUUCCCAGGAUUUACAUUAUUACGAUGAUCUAAUAAAAGGAAUUCCCAGGAUUUACAUUACAAUGUAUUACCAUGAUCUAAUUAAAGGAAUUACUGGGAUUUACCUUAUUACCAUAAUUUAAUAGAAGGAAUUCCCAGGAUUUACAUUAUCACCAUAACGUAAUAGAAAGAAUUCCCAGGAUUUACAUUAUUACCAUCAUCUAAUAGAAGGAAUUCCCAGGAUUUACAUUAUUACCAUAAUGUGUAAUUGAGGAAAACAUUACCUAAAAUAAGGGAUAUUCCCGGUAUUUACAUUCUUACCAUCACCUAGAUAGAAGGCAUUCCCAGGAUUUGUAUUCUUAUCAUUAUCCAACAGAAGGAAUUCGCAGAUUUUGCACUUACCACUACAUAAUAUGAGAAAAUCUCAGGAUUUGUAUUCUUCCCAUUGCCUAAUAGGAGGAAUUCCCAGAAGUUGCACUUACCAUUAUGUAAAAAAAGGAAUUCUCAGGAUUUGAUUUCUUCCCAUUACCUUAUAGAAGGAAUUCGUACCAUUCUGUAAUAGAAGGAAUUCCAACAAUUUGUUUUCCCAUUAUCUUUUAGAAGGAAUUCGUACCAUUCUGUAAUAGAAGGAAUUCCAACAAUUUGUUUUCCCAUUAUCUAAUAGGACUUCCAAGGAUUUUUAUUCUGUUGUGCAUAUAAAAAUGUACUUAAACAUUCCUUUGUGUAACAUUUCUUUUAUAGUGAAUAAAAUUCAAGAUAUACUGAAUUGCUCUACUUGUCACAUUACCUUGUUGGUAAUAAAAAACAUUCUAAUACUGCCUAUGUUCUUAUAUGGAAUGUAUUGAAUGAGAAUUUAUGCUUCUUCAUACCUUACUGAAUAGUGAAGUGUAUUAAAAAGAGUUUGUAAUCUCCUCACUCUUUAUAUUACUUUGUAAGCAAUAGAGAACAUUCAAAGAUUGUUUAACCCUUACCAUGCUAAAUUUCUAUAAUGGACUGGUCCAUCUUCCAAUAUGGGCAGUACCAUUUAUCAUUUGAAGGGGUGUUUACUAAAAAUUUACUGACUGAAUAGCGAACAGUGCAGACCAUGAUCAGACUGCACGGAUGUGCAGGCUGAUCUUGGUCUGCACUGGUCGCAAAGGCAGAAUCACUUGCCGCCAGCAGGCUAAGGGUUAAUCUCUCUGCUAUUGCAUUCCUAUAUGGACAGGUCACUUUAUGAGUUACUAUGUGAUACUCAGUUGCUUCAGUCAGACAACUGUCAUGGUUAUAAUAAUUUUUUAAUGGCUUGUUAAUCUUGUUAUAUGAAUAAUAAAGCAUAUAAUUGUAAAAUUGUGUGUAAAGUUAUCUUGUUGUUGAAUUUAUUUGAAAGCUUUUCUUGUCGAAAGUUUUUUGUUAAAGUUUUUGUCAUAUGAUACCCCAACCACCAACAUUAAUUUGCAGAAAGCCAAACAAUUUUUACAUUUGUUACAUUUACACUUUUUUUUUUUUUACAAUUUUAGGUAUAAAUGUACUUUUCCUUUUAAAAAAAUGUUUUCUGCCAAAACCACUGUAUAAUUUUGUGUGAAUAUUUUACUUGUUAUAAACUGUUGAGUAGCUAAAGGCAUUAUAAAAGAAUUCUCAGUUUUACUGAAAAACAUCCAUUAAAAAAUAAUUUUCAUCACAACUUGUGCAAUAAGCUUAUGUUAUUGUUGUGUGCUUGGUAUUUCAGAUUACAUUUUAUUUCCUUAAAAAAUAUUUUUUGUCUAUAUAUGUUCUGCAUUCAAGAGGAUUAAAAAAGCAAUCAUCUGAGACUGGCACAGAACAUUUUGAAACAAAUAAGCAAUAUUGAAUGAAAAGUACCAAGAAAAUCUUUCAAGGAGAGUGUGAUCUUUUCUUUCAGUAAGUACAGCCUUUACAGCAGGCUAUACUUUAGGAAUAAAAGAAACGGAGUUCGUUUAGCUAUAGAUGAUGUUAUUUAACAAAAUUGUUUUAUCAUGAAAACUCUUAUCAAAUUUGUCAAAAAAAAAAGUAAAGUAACUUAUAAGUGUAGUGUAAAAAUUAAAAAAAAAAAAAUGAAGAUACUUUAUUCCGAAGCAGUCGUCAUGUUAUACUGGACUCUGUAUAGAAAUAUACAAUAAUGUACCUGAUGUCAUCCAAGAAGACAAAUAUAUAUGUAUCAUAAGCUCACUGUGCAAUAAAAGAUGAAAGAAUGUGCAUGUCACAUUGAUUCUUAGUAAUCAAGAAUAUAAACAUGUUCAAUAUUAGACCUGUAACUUGCCAAAUUUCAGUAUGAAUCAUCAGGUCAACGAAAACCUCCCAUUUACAUGCCAAAUUUCUGUAUAAAUUGUCAAUUCCUCGUUUUAAAAUGCCAGAUUCAGUCUGUUCCAAACCCUCCUUUUGAAAUGCCAGAUUUAAUAUAAACUGCCAAACCUUUCUUUUGAAAUACCAGAUUUAAUACAAAGUGUUCAUACAUUCCCUUUUACAUGCCAGAUUGUAAUAUAGAUUGUCAGUACAUUCACAUAAAUAUGCCAAAUUUCUGUUUAAACUGUCCAUACCCUAUUGCCUUUUAACAUGCCAUAUUUCAGUGGUAAGUAGCCAGUUUGGCACAGAAUUACCCCAGAUUCUCGUCAAUUUUGUAUUUGUGUGAUAUUCAAUAAAAUGAAAAUCUGUUUUUUGGGUACCUUAAUGAUCUUUCAAGCAACUGUAAACCUUUUUACAACACCGUAAACCUUUUUACAAUACUGUUGAAUGCAUUAUUUCUAUAUGAUCUGUUAUUGUUCUGUUUCUUGUUAGUGCAAUAUGUUAACCUUUUUGAGUACAAUGCAUCGGUGCUUUGUAACGUAAUGUUAAAAAGAUUUAAAAUUUAUUGUAUAUGAUAUAUAUUAUAUAUACAUAGCUAUAUAUUUAAUUAUUCAUUAUUUAUCAUAUGUGUUAACCCUAGUGUUGUAUUAAAUGUGUGUACAAUAA